UAAUAAAGGAAUUAAAUUGUGUUUGUUAGUCACGGUCAAAUAACUUAAACUUUAUUUAUGAUGUGCAGUAACAAUAUAUCUGACUACAAACUGCUAGAAAUACUUAAAAAUGGCAUGAUUGGAACGGUUUACAAAGCAGAAGAUAUAAACAACAAAUGCUUGGCUGUUAAAAAAGUUUCUAUGGAUCAGCCAAUGGAAAAGCUUACACUAUUGUUUAACGAAGUUUUAACUGUUCGUCGGCUUCAACAUAGAAAUAUAAACACUAUCGUCAGUUGUUUUUUGUACAAGCAGUAUGUUUAUUUGACUUACAAGUUUAUGUGUUUUGGAAAUUGUGAAGUGCUGCUAAAAAACGUGUAUACUUCUGGGUUUCCGGAAGUUGCAAUAGCACUCAUUUUAAAGGAUGUAUUAUCAGCACUUACUUAUAUUCACUCCGAGCAUUAUGUUCAUGGAUCAGUAAGGGCUAAGCACAUACUCUUAAGUCCCAGAAAAGCAGUUCUAUCAAAUUUUAGUUACUGUCAAAGUUUUAUUAGUCAAGGAGAAAAAAAAACGUUUAUAUUUGGAUCAACGGUUGGAAUAGAAAAAGAGUUGUAUUGGACAGCACCAGAAGUUUUAUAUCAAAACCUUUCUGGUUACACUGAAAAAAUAGAUAUUUAUUCCAUCGGAAUUACUUGUUGCGAAAUGGCAAACGGGUUUCAACCCUUUAAAGACACAGAAUUAACAUACAUGUAUAUUGAAAAAGUGCGUGGAAGUCUGCAGGUGCUACUGGAUAAAAACAGCCUUUUGGAAAAUCAAGGUUCCCUAUCCCUGGAGCACACAAAUAAACGAAUUGCUCGUGAUGUAAUUGUAAACAAAUCAUUUUCGGAAAACUUCCAUCAAUUUGUUGAACUAUGCUUGAAUAAAAAUCCAUUGUCUCGAUGGGCAGCAUCAAAAUUAAUGACACACUCGUUUCUUAAGCAAUGUCGGAAUACCAGUCUUUUGGACCAAUUGAAAGACUUAGGCCAAAAAAUGUCAAAGUUCAAAAGAAAUGAACAUGAAAUAUUCUCUGAUGCUCGGGGCAGCCACAACCCUCAACCAAAUGAUACAAUAUGGAAAUUUUAAGAACUGUUUUAUUGUUUUUCUGAUCACUUCGGUGCCUUUAGUACAGAAUCUACAUAAUUAAUUAUUCUUGCUUUCUAUUUAUUUAGGGGUUUAGAACAGCUGACUGUGCAAAAAUUAAAUUUAUGUAUACUAUAUUUUAUUUAGAUGAGCAAAAUUUAGAUGGAAAAUUCAUUCUUAAACUAGCCAAAAAACCGAAAAAAAGUGAAGUCAUUUAAUUAGAACAUCCUGAAAGUGCGCUAAUAAUAGAUAAAUAGAUAAGUUAUGAUACGUUUAUGCUUAGCUCUGGGUGCCUUAUUAAGGAUCAUAUUAAAUGCGGCUAUGCGACUAUAAUUUCCGCUUUUGGUCUAGGUGAGCUUCCUAUCCGGUUCUUUCCUAAUCAUGCCGUCUUGGCAUCAAGUCAUAAUUCUUUUUGUCUCCGAGCAAACAAUUUUUUCGUAAAAAUUUAAAACUUGCUCCGCGUGAAAAAAUAAAAGUAGUGAAAUAUAUAAAUCAAGUGACUUUUCAUUUUCGUUUACUCUUUAUCCUCGUAUUUGUCGCCAACAUUUAGCCACCCGAUAAAGUAAACACAACCCUUAAUGCGCUUCAAACUGCAUCAGUCAGCAAAUUUCAAUUUCACGAUGCUGGUAAAUAACUUCAGAAUAAAGCUUUUAUCCUAAACAUAACUAAAAGUUCAAAUCAAAAGCUUCUGGCCCAUCAGGAUUGGAUCAGGAUAAAGAAUUAGAAGAUCAGGCUGAAAGGGGACGAGAUCGAGAACAGCUUCAAACAAAAGAUAAGCUAGUG